AUACAAACGUUUAUGUACAAAUUUAAUGUAUUUACAAACAUUACAACAAAAAAAUGAAAAAUUUAAAAUAAGGAAAGGUAUAAAGGAAACGCCGGCAUAAUAGCUUCUUUACAUGCAUUUUGACUGCUCUCAGCACUCGUACCGUAAGUGCACGAUUACAUGCGCAACACACACAAAAAGUGCGGCUGGCUUGACCGCAGUCGAAAUGCUUGUGGGAAAUGCCAUUGGAUUACAUACCGACGGUCUGUGGGUUAUUCAUUGACUGAUUCAUCGUGUCAUCGCCGGUAUUGAAACACUUGGGACAAAAUUGUUGGCAACGGCCAAACAACGCUGGAAACACAGGUUUUUUGUCAAACUUAUUGCGUGGACUGUUUUGAAGGAACUGAUGUGUACAUAUUAUGGAGAGGGGGUGAAAUGGUUGUUUAUGUGUGGAGGUUGCUUGUUUGUAUACACUAUGACACUUUAAUAUAUCAGUAUCAAAAACUCAAUGUAUGGUAUCCCAUAUUUUUAUUGUGGCUUUCGUUAAACUGAUGUUUGAGAGAAUUUGUUACAAGUUAAUUGCACUCAUGCCACUUCUGAGCCUCAUUAAUAGUCUGUAAAUACCUACAAGCCAGUUUUGUGUUCUUCAGUGCCACCUCUGUAGUGCAAAUUAAUUUUGUUAAUACUGAUUUUAUUUGAUCGGUAACCUAUUCUUCUUAUUGCAUUGUUUUAAUUAGAAAUUUAGAAAAAAACUUAUACAAAUACACUUUUGAAUUUGACAUAAAAGAUAACACUUCAAAUAAAGUUAGAAAAAAAAUGCCCCUGUAAAUCACUUUGAGUCCAAUAUUACUUCGUAAUGGGAAGGCUAUUUUUUUUAUUGAGCAGAAGGUGCUCCUGAAUUUUUUUUCACUGUGCUCCUAAAUUAUUAUUAUUAUUUUUUCUAAAUUAGCAGCACAAGUGCUCCUACAAAUAAAAGUAAGCGUAUAGAGCCCUGUUUAGUGAGUGUUUAGUGGUGGUGCUUAUGAGGGGCUGCUCUGGGACGGGUGAGUAUGAGAAUGGGAAGGAAAAAAAUCACAGUAUUCUCACUACAAAAAACUAGACUACACCACUGGCUGUGUUAUACACUGCAUGAAAGGUCAUUUUCAAAAAUCCAUAAUAGGGGCACUUUAAAAUAUCUUUUUGUGUGUUCAGCAGAAGAAAGAAAGAAAAAAAAAACUUAUAAGGUUUGUAACAACUUGAGGGUGAGUAAAUGAUGACCGUUUUCAUUUUUUGUGUGAACUAUCCCUUUAAGUGUGCAGAUCCUUACAUACUGUAUAUUGCCGUAUCACUUGUGUAGUUUCCAGAAAAGUUUUUGUUUUCACCUAAAUCAAAUGUUAUGAGGAUAUUCCCAUUUCUGAUCAACUUUUGCCUUACUAGUGAAAUAGUAAAUUCACACAUAUACUGUGGAUCAGGAGUAGGAAGUGUUUUUCUGGAGUCUCAACUGACUCCAUACUUCUCAUGUUUCUAUCACAGCCCAAACUGAGCUAAAACUCUUUCAUGGGACAUCUCACCAUUUUCAAACAACUUUGCAGUUUCCUCAGUUUCCUCUUUUUAGCUUAUAUGCAUCUUGAUGACAGUAACAGAAUUUGCUGCUGUAUGUGGUUUUGGGAAUUUGGUUUCUUUUUCUGAGUGAACUUCAGUAUCUAUUAGGAAGUCAAUGCAACAGCAGUGACUUCGAGUUCUGUUUCUUUUUAAGUUUUUCAUUUGUGACAAUGGCAAUAAAUCACAGACUCAGAUUUCUUCUUUGCCUUCUAACCUUCAAAACAGGGUUCAGUGCUGAGAUCUCGGUGGUUGUGCAAACAGGAAAUUCUGUUCAACUGCAUAUACAGACACAAGAACUACCAGAUUUUGACGAUUUAUCCUGGAAAAAUGAUAAAUCAGAGAUUAUAGUUAAAUAUACAAGUGAAACUAAAAGAGUAAGACUUCACUCUUCCUACAAGGACAGAGUGGAUUUCAAUGAUUCAAACUUUUCUCUAACACUGAAGAACAUGCAGAAGACAGACAGUGGACUCUACAGAGCAAUAGCAGCUGGAGAAUCAGACGACAAUAUUGUUACAUACAGAGUGUCUGUUAUUGAUGCUGUGGAGGCUCCUGUCCUGACUAUGAACUCAAACUGGUCCAGCAGUGACUCCUGUACUGUGAACUUCACAUGCAGAGCUCACGAGCUCAUGAUUAACUCCACCUAUCAGAACAACAGAUGCUCUCCAGAGGAAGUGACAUCACAUGAAAACUACACUCUCAUUCUGGACUGCAGUGAGGAAACCAUCAUCUGUAACCAUAGCAACCCUGUCAGCUGGAAACAAGACAGAAUAAGCAUCAAAGAACUCUGCAUUAAAAAAGAGAAUGAUUCAAACAAUGACCAGAUUGAGUCAUCUCUCCUGUGGCCAGUUGUUGGUUCGGUGGCAGUGUGCAUUUUGAUAUGUCUUUCAGUCUUUCUGUUAUUCAAGUAUAAAAAGGUAUGUCCAUGUUGCCUCACAUAGAUUCUCUAUGAAAAACUGAUCUUGUUCAUCAAUUUGAUCAAUUAAGUACUUUACUACUUUUGUAAAGUAAUUAAAAAAAGAAUGAUAAACAUAUUUAUGCUUUUUUUUUCUCUUUCAGUCAGUAAUACUGUAGAAUACUGUUCCACAUUUAGUUCUUGUCUUUACUGAAUAUCUUCUGAUCAGAUAAUUUAAGCAUCCUAAGUAACCAACUAGAAAAGAUCUUUAAGAACAACUACUCAUCUUAAACUAUAGUACAUUACAGUUGCAUUACAUUACAGUAGAGUACAUUUGUACUUUUUCCAGUUAAGUGCUUAUUUUUUAGUUCCCACAUUCACCUCGACACAACACAAUCUGUUCAGAUUUAAAUGUCACAAUGUUUUGCACAUAACUACGAUGAGGACAGAAACAUAUUUGUUCUUUGCUGGUGCCAAAAAAUAAUUCAAGAAUAUUCACAAAAGAAGUAAAAGCAGAACAAAUGCAAUACAAAGGAUUACUACCAAGACUAAUUUAAUCCUUAUCUUCAUUUAUGCAGUGGUUUACACUACACCUGCUGUAUUCAACUGCGUACAGUACAUGAGGAAACCCUCAGAUGCAGAACAUACUACUAAAGAACAUAACACAACAUAAUACUAAAGAAACUCAGUUUAGAGCAGUUUGAAAUUAACUGCUAAUAUAUAAGAUAAAUAAAUGAAUAUAUUAUUUUUUUAUUAUUAUUAGAACAUUAUUGAUGCUGAUAUAUUGCUGUACAUUCCAAACC